AUGUCUCUUUUAGGUCGCCAUGAAUCUCAAGCUCGGUCGAACAGGAACACCCUUGAUUAUCGCCAGCCUGCACCCCCUUCCACUUCCUUACGGGUCCCUAUGUGCUAUCUUUCACGUCCAUUCCUGUCGUAUAAUCACCCGCUGGUAUGCUGGCUUGCCGCUUGGGACUUGCAGCGUAUAAGUGAGAAGUGA